AUGCCUUGCCUACCAUGUACUAUGGCUGGGCAAGUGCAAAAAUUAGAACGUUUGAAACAGCCAAAUCGGGAUGAGCAUAAUGAACGAAUCAAUCGGCAGUCCGAUGAGGAAGUUGAGCGACUCAAAGCCGAUUUAGCUGCGUAUUACGAGAAAGUUCGUCAGCUGUUUCCAGAAAAGACGGAUAAGACGCAAGAAAGGUCUGAUGAGCCGAAAAUGAUGGCCGAUGAUUUUGACGCAGACAACACGAACCAUUACUCGACGAUAAGGAAUGCGGAACCCUGA